AUGGAGGAGAAUGGCCUUCAGAAGACUGGCAGAUCAAGGGCCCAAGAAAGGAAGACUCCAGAGGGGAAUUUGAAUAAGAAGAAAGGGAAGUCAGUCAGAAUACUCAAUACAAGUCAUUCCUUCCAGGAUAAAGGCUCUCUGUUUUGCCAAGACGAUCUAUGCCUAACUUCACAGUUGGGGAUGUGGACCAAGUUCUACAAAUCAGACCCACGCAUUGCCCUUGGGAAAUACUCCCCUAUGGAAAAAGAGAUCCUACGUCUAGGUGGUGUUCACACCGUAGCAGCAAGAAGAUUUUUGGCUUAUAAGCAAGAGGAAGAACGGAAGAUGCUCAUGGAAUUGCAGUUGCUAUCCUCAGACUACAAACAGGCAAUGGAAUAUAAAAAACAAAGUCCAUCUCCUUGUCCGACUUGUGGACCCUUGGAAAAAAUAUGGACAGCAAGGGUGACUGUGCCCCCAGAGGAGUUUAAAAUGCCACAACGAGAAAGGAUCAACAUUAAUCUGAUGCUAAUGAAUCAGGAGUUUGCAUCGCGGGGCGUCCAGCCCAGUGAUGUGAUGAAGGCCUGCCCACUAAGAAGAGAGAGCAUCUGGGACGAGUACAUGCGCAAAACUAUUUCUCACCGUUAUUAA